AUGUCCACAGUUAAUUACCAGGCAGUGUUAAUCCACUGGGUUGAUGGCGUCGUUGGUUAUCGGGUCUCACAUUACACUCUUACCAAUGACACAGAAGGUCUUCAGUUCGAAUCCGAAUCGACUCAUCAGCGGAAGAAGUCAGGACCUUCAUUCAAUGACAUUGGCAGGUUGAGCGACGAGCAUUCAUCUCCCAUUAGUUACGAAGAUUUUCCCAUUCACGCUCCAGCCUCCAGAUUUGAGAAACGUUCCUUGGUGCUAUGGCUUCGGGCUGCAUUUCCCCACGUCACUAUCACUAUCAAUAUCUCGGCAGCUGUGAAACGUUACUUAGAUACUGAGUACCAGGCGUCUACAUUCAUCUCCUUUGAUUUCUUGAAAAAGGAUACGCGUUAUUUUAUGGUGCUGACCGAUUCGAAGAGUUUGGAUAAGAGGCUUCAUAGGAGGACUUGGGGGAUCAGAUUUUUAACGCCAAAAGUACAGAAAAUUCUCCAAGACGAUGCCUUCGCCGAUGAACUUCGUUUUACAGAGUAUUUUCUCGAUUACAUUGACGACAUUGUGCGGGUACAACAGUAG